UUUCUUAUUUUCCAUGUAUUUGCUUUUCUUUAUUCGGAUUAAAUUUAUAGUAUUCAAACUCCGAUUUUUGUAAUUACUUAAAUUGUACACGGGAUUUGUUUCAUUAUUUAUUUAUUUAUUUAUGUUAAUUUACUUGAAUUCUAUAAUUAUGGUUAAUGGUUUACAUUUGUUUGUAUUACUGAAUUGCAAUGAAUUUCAAUUCCCAAUUUAUGUAGAGGUGAAGGUUCACCCUUUGAACCACUGGAUUACUACUUACUAGGAAUGGGGUUCAGUAGAAAAAUAGUCGUUAUAACUGUUUUUCUUUUCUGCUUUGAAAAAAAGAAAAAAGGAAAACACAACAUAUUCAAUUUUCAUGUUCUUCUUAAAUGUUUUGAGUCCGGACAUUAAAUAAUGGGUCAGUAGAUGAUGAGACUAACUGGGGAGGUGUACCAAUAAUUUCAAGGGAGAAUAAUUUGUAUGUCUUAUGCAUUAGAAGGUUGAUUGAAAUGUAGACUGAUUCUUGAGUAAGCUUUAUUUUUAUAGGUCUCGAGUAAUUUUUUGAACUUUGACAUACAGGUAUUUUGUAUUCAAGUUGCAUAUGGAAAUUUGCGAACUCUUGUUGGCCGAAAAUGUUUAAUUACUGUUAUAAGUAAGAGAUAUUGUAAAUUAAAAACUGGAGAGGUAGGGUUGUGAGAAGGAAAUAUAAAUGCUAAAAACGGACGAAGUUGCUUUUCUAUUCAAAAUAGUUCUUCUUCGACUUCUGCUUUUAGUUUAGAAAUGUAAAAUUAUGGCUAGUCAGCUUUGUUACGGCCUAAAUAAUAGCACUUAUUUCUUCUGUCACACCUUUUCUUUUGGAGGUUGGAACUGCUGUGGUCACUCGAGCUGAUGGUAGAUUAGCACUUGGAAGAUUAGGAGCACUUUGUGAGCAGUGCAGAUUCAAGAACUUGACUCUGAGGGAUAUGAGGUUAAUUUGGUGACAUCGGGUGCUGUUGGUGUUGGCCGCCAACGCCUUAGAUACAGGAGAUUGAUCAACAGCAGCUUUGCUGACCUCCAGAAACCACAGAUGGAACUCGAUUGGAAAGCUUGUGCAGCCAUUGGACAGAAUGGUCUCAUGGCUCUCUAUGAUACUUUGUUCAGCCAGUUGGAUGUGUCAUCAGCACAGCUUUUAGUUACAGACAAUGAUUUUAGAGAUUUGGAUUUUAGGAGACAACUUAAUGAAACUGUAAAGAAUUUGGCAUCUCUGAAGGUUAUUCCUAUAUUUAACGAAAACGAUGCUGUUAGAACAAGAAAAGCUCCUUAUGAGGACUCUUCUGUAACAUUUCGGGAUAAUGACAGUUUAUCAGCUCUACUGGCUCUGGAACUGAAAGCUGACCUCCUUAUUCUGUUGAGUGAUGUAGACGGUCUCUACAGUGGCCCUCCAAGCGAUCCAAAUUCAGAGUUAAUUCAUACUUAUGUUAAGGAAAGACAUGAACGAAUAAUAACUUUUGGAGACAAGUCUAUUGUGGGAAGAGGGGGUAUGACAGCCAAAGUAAAAGCUGCUGUUUAUGCUGCUCAUGCUGGGAUCCCUGUUGUUAUCACCAGUGGCUUUGCUGCUGACAAUAUUUUGAAAGUAUUAAAUGGGAAGCGAGUUGGUACACUAUUUCAUCAGGAUGCUAAUAAAUGGGGUCCACUUGGAGAAGUGGGUGCUAGAGAGAUGGCAGUUGCAGCUAGGGAAAGUUCUAGAAGACUGCAGGCCAUGUCUUCAAAUGAAAGGAGUAAAAUUUUAAUGGAUAUCGCUGAUGCACUGGAAGCAAAUGAGAAACAAAUUAUUGCUGAGGAUGAAGCUGAUGUUGCUGAGGCACAGCAAGCUGGAUAUGAAAAAUCUUUGGUUUCUAGGCUAGCUUUGAAGCCUGUUAAGGUUUCAAGUCUUGCAAAUGCUAUUCGUGUGCUUGCAAACAUGGAGGAGCCAGUUGGUUGUGUCGUGAAGAGAACAGAGCUCUUAGAAGGACACAUACUGGAGAAGUUGUCAUCUCCUAUGGGCGUUCUUUUGAUUAUCUUUGAGUCUCGACCUGAUGCACUAGCUCAGAUAGCUUCAUUGGCAAUCCGAAGUGGGAAUGGGCUUCUAUUAAAAGGGGGAAAGGAGGCCAGACGAUCAAAUACAAUUUUGCACAAGGUAAUCACUUCUGCCAUCCCCAAAAUUGUUGGCGAGGGACUCAUUGGACUGGUGACUUCUAGAGGAGAGAUCCCUGAAUUGCUCAAGCUGGAUGACAUGAUUGAUCUUGUGAUUCCAAGAGGCAGCAAUAAACUAGUUUCUCAAAUCAAGGCAUCAACAAAAAUUCCAGUUCUUGGUCAUGCUGAUGGAAUAUGUCACGUGUAUGUAGACAAGUCUGCCAAUAUGGAUAUGGCUAAGCGGAUUGUUUUGGAUGCAAAAACAGAUUACCCUGCAGCCUGCAAUGCAACGGAAACACUUAUUGUUCAUAAGGAGUUGGCACAGACCAGUGCCCUGAACGACCUUAUUAUGGAACUUCAAGUGAAAGGUGUUGCAAUAGUUGGUGGACCUCGGACUAGCUCUUUACUAAAUAUUCCAAAGGCACCUUCACUGCAUCACGAAUAUAGUUCUCUUGCUUGCACUGUUGAAAUUGUUGAUGAUGUAUAUGCUGCCAUUGAUCAUAUACACAAGCAUGGAAGUGCACAUACGGAUUGCAUCAUUACAGAAGAUAGUGAAGUUGCAGAAGUCUUUUUAAAUGGAGUUGACAGUAUUGAUGUUCCCAGUGCUGCUGUUUUCCAUAAUGCAAGUACGAGAUUUCGUGAUGGCUUCCAUUUUGGAUUUGGUGCAGAGGUUGGGGUUAGUACAAGUCGGAUUCAUGCGCGUGGUCCCCUAGGUGUUGAAGGAUUGCUUACAACGAGAUGGAUUGGAAGAGGAAGUGGGCACGUGGUGAAUGGUGAUAAAGGGUUGGUUUACACUCACAAGGACCUAGCUUUGCAGGAUUGAGACUGCACAACCCAAGUAUUAGGCACUGGUUUUCUAUGAUACUAGCAUUUGAUGAAGCCGUCUGGUCUAAUUAAUCAUCUGCAAAUUACGAGUCUGGGAAUGGAUCGAUGGAGGGAUGGUUUUGGUUUUAACGGAGAUUCCAUAUCAGAUUUCAUUCCCACCCAAAGUACCAUAAAAAUAGAGCAGUUAGGCACUUCUUUUUCACCUCAAUUUUUUCUGAGGAUUUUGAUUAAAUCUCUUUGGAGGGCAUGAUCCUCUUGAUAAUUUCACUUAUAAGCUCUUCUUUAUUUUCGCUUAGGAGCUGCUGGCUUGACGUGCUUGGUUGCAUUGCACGAGAAACAUUGUUGAAUACGUGGUUGAUAUUCAAGUAAUGAAAAAUAACAUGUUAAACACCGACUCUAUUUGACAAGAUAUCCUAUUAUUUCCUCAA